CGAUGCUUAAGCGACAUUUUUCACUACACAUCCCGUGAGGACCUACAACUCACCUUAAAAGUGUGGAUAAGGACAGUGGGGAAUAAUCAUCCACCGGCUGUGGGAAUGAACUCCAGCACACAAUACAGCUGUGAUUGGGUGUGUUGGGUCCAGAGCUGUGUAUAUAUACCCAUCCUGGUUUUGGGUUUCCCUCUGAUCCUGGCCGCUCUGUGGCAGUUGGUCUUCUGCGUUCGACAGUGGAGUGAAUCCACGGUUUACCUCUGCAACCUGAUCAUCAACGACGGCAUGCUGAUUCUGUCCCUGCCCUUUAAAAUACAUGCAUACAAGAGGGUUUGGACCCUAGGCAAGACUUUCUGCUCCCUGCUGGAGAGCCUGCUCUAUGUCAACAUCUAUGGCAGCAUCAUGCUGAGUGUGUGCAUCGCAGUCGACCGAUUCGUCGCUCUACAGUUUCCAUUCGCUGCACGCCGUCUGCGAUCUCCACGCAAGGCGAUGCUCGUGUGCCUAGCCUUGUGGAUACUGAUCUUUGCAUGCAGCAUCCCCAUCUUCACACUUCACGAUGUUGAACAAGAUAACGAAAAUUUUUUUUGCUUCCAGGACUUCUCCAAUCAAACAUGGACGAAAAGUUGGAUUCUGGCGACUAUGGAGACGGUGUUUUGCUGCAGCGCUGUGGUGAUGGUGUUCUGUUCAGUGCGCGUGGUGCAAAUCCUGCACAAUCUGAGAAAGCGCAACCCUGGAGAUUCAAAACUGCGCAACAACAAGAGCAUGAAGAUCGUUCUCAGCAACCUGGUGGUCUUCCUCACAUGCUUCAUUCCUUACCACAUAUCGGCGCCCAUAUACUUCCAUGCAAAGACAGGCAUGUGGCUGAACCACAUCGAUAAUCUACGCUACUUUGUUCACAUAACCAUAUGUAUUAGCAACGUGAACAUCUUAGCAGAUGGCGCAUGUUACUAUUUCAUCCUCAAAGAGAACCUGGAAUCCGCAAAGCGUGAGAGGAGAAUGGCUAUACGCAUCAGAGAGACACGAAUUCGAAGCUCAAAGAGUAUAACGUUUGGAGAAAUGCAUACUGUUAUGUCCAAAGCCACUAAAACUAUGGAACUAUGUGUGGACACUGGUUUUACAUAAAGAUCUACACCAAAACUAACAGAGACAGAAUGCUAGGAGGAUUAAUCCUGAAGAAACAUAGCAAAGGAGGACAGAAGACAGUGAGUCAUGCUCAAGUAGAUGAGUAUGCAGGUGGAUGGGAAGUAUAUACACACGGGAUGUGUGUUUACAUCAUGUGACGUAUGAGAAUUUUUGGGUCCCAAUUAAAAUCGCAGUAACUAGUAUACACUGAAACUUUUAAACUGCUUUUUAUAAAUGUGAAACCACAAAAACUGUUAAUGUGCUGGAAGUGUUGUAACAAAAUACAGAGGUUUUUUUUUUUUUUUUUUUUAUCAUGUAAAAAAAGAAAAUUCGGGUGGGGAGUGUCCAGGUCAGAUUCCCCCAAAAUAUGUAACUGUCCCCAUUACUGUAAUCCAAAAUAAAAUCUAAUUCUCAUUAUUGUAACAUUAAAAUUACUAGCAAAAAAUAGAAUAGAAUAAUAAAAAUUAUUAUAGAAAACAAUAAUAGAAGAGGAAAAAUAAUCAAGUUAUUUAUGUUGAUAUUUUACUGCCUUUAAUUUAUUAAAAGAUAAUUUAAUUUAAUUUCUACAGUAAUACAGAUGAAUAAAAUUUUUAUUACUGUGUAUUAUACUGUGUAUAAUAAAGAAAAGACUGAUGCAUUGCAAGCAGUGGUAACUGAGUGGUAAAAUUAGCUUAAUUAUAAAAAUUAGCUUAAUUAUAAAAAUAGAAUAUUCUGAAGCCUGUCUUUGGUUUUAGGAAUGACAAUGUUUUCAUGACAAUGUUUUCAUGAACACAAGUAUUCCUCUUCUCACCAGCAGAUGACGCACUUCCGAUUUCACAUUUGAUUGUGGUAAAGCCUGUCAGUCAACAGGAGUUCAGUGAAAGUGCUCAUGUUAAAAGAAAUGACUAACUUUAACAUAGAAUACAUUUUAUUUCAUAGAAUAAAAUUCAAGUUGAUGUCAAAGGUUGUUGUUCUGAAGCAGAUGCAUCUGUGUGUGAAAUGUGUCAUGAAAGAGUAAAGGUUAAAUGCAGUUGACGGCGAGGGUCUUGUUUUAUAACAGCAAAGAGUGAUGGUGUGCUCUAUUUCAACUUUGUCAAAUGUUGACAUUAAAUGUUGACAUUUUGUGAAACUAUUUCGUUUCUGCAACAGAUAAAUGUUGCUCUGCUUAAGAUAUAUUUCCAUGUGUUUUAGAAUUUAAAAUAUAAUUCUGCAGUAAUGUUGUUUUGAAAUUUGAUAAAAGGUUAGCUUGACUCUUAUUAUCUAUUAUAAGAGUAUUUUAUCUUCAGCUACAGUUUUCGAGGUCCCUCACAACGCACUCGCAGAUACUUCUGAUGCACUGUUGUCUCCAUCUCCCUGUGUCUGUGUGAUAUUCAUGUUAUUUAUUGCAAUAAAUAAGACUAUUAAAAC